AGUGAAGACACUCCUGUAACCCUCGCCUGCCAGGAAGGCAGGCGCUGCAGAAAAUCCACUCAUCGCAGAGCAACUCCAGUCGGUGCAAAAGGGGAGGAGAACCUUUGUUCUUUGUGCUGUAUUUAUUCACAAAGAGAAGUUGUCUUUGGCAUGUGUGCUUGGCAGCAGAGGAUUCCCGUUUUUUAUCCUGCGGAGCUGCUUUUUCUUGUCGGUGUUGCGGACAAAAUUGAAGAAGCACAAAAACAACUUAAUGGAACAGAAGACCAACAGAGAGAACUCACUGAUGCUGGUACUAGAGGAACCCAAGAUACAAUUAAGGGUGUGAAAAGAAAAAAGAUUGUGUCUGAAAACCAUCUUAAAAAAAUACCAAAAUCGCCUUUGAGAAGCCCUGCUGAAGCCAAGGUUAAGCAAAAUGUAGACCCUUCACCGCUUAAAGCUCUUCCGGAUGCCUCUGAACAUGCCACAGUACAGGAUCACCUGCCUGUGCAAAAUGGAAAUCAAUGUACCAAACAAAAUGGGGGAGCACUUAGCAGUGAGAUAAGUGUUGAAACAACCAAAUCUGAGACAUCAAUGCAGACAAAGCUUUCACUGACUCAUCAGUCCUUAGAUUUGUGUAGACAGGCAGCGGGGGAUACUCAUGCAAACCAACUGAACUCAGCAGAGAGGAAGCCUCCCUCAAACUCCUCAUCAAGUAAUACAAAGACUGACAGUAAUGAAUGUAUUAAUUUUGUUGAUUGCGGCACGUCGUCCCCAUGCGCGCGUACUGCAUUCGAUGUCUUACUAAAAGCUAUGGAGCCCGAACUGAACACCUUAGCACAAGAGUGCCCCCCUUAUGGGAUGCAAAUAGAGAAACUGAGACCAAAUAAAACUGUAAGCACCUCUUCUAGCCUCACGUCCAAUACAAUAAGUGUCCAAAAUCAGUCUGCUUUGUCACAGCAAGAGUUUGCGGCUGGACCUCACUAUUACCCGUGUACGUUGAACAAUGUGCAUGUAGCAACAACAGCCAAGACUGGACAAGCACAAGGCCAAUCAGUUUCUCAUUCACAAGACCUUAUUACUAAAACCAGUCAGCAAAAUCAUCAGGUUGUUAUGUGUCCAAGUUUAACUAGGUCGCUGGUGCAACAGCAGAGUCAAGAAAACCCCAAGCUCCAGCAGAUCUACAGCAUAGCAGUAACUUCGUCUGUCGUCACCUCAUCUUCCACUGUAACUCAGGUUUUCUCUCAAAACCCAUUAGUAGCUAGUUCAUCUUCACCAUUGUCAAUUAACACAUCAAGUUCAACACACUUGUCUAUAGGUCCUGUGUAUAAUUCAGCCCAGAUAGCAUCAGUUGUAAACCAUGGUGUAGAACAAAUAUGUAACCUCUUGAAAGACCAGAAGCCUAAAAAGCUAGGGAAGUACGUCUGUGAGUAUUGCAAUCGGGCCUGUGCCAAGCCCAGUGUUCUCCAAAAGCACAUCCGAUCCCAUACUGGAGAACGACCAUAUCCUUGUGUGACGUGUGGGUUUUCAUUUAAAACCAAAAGCAAUCUCUACAAGCACAAAAAAUCUCAUGCACACGCUAUCAAACUUGGACUUGUCCUACAACCAGAUUCAGGUGGCCUCUUCUUAUCUCAUGACUCAGACAAAGCACUUAGCAUUCAUUCAGAUGUGGAAGAAAGUGGUGAAAGUGAAGAUGAAGGCACUGCAGAUGAAAGACAAGAUGAUCAAGAACUGGAACCUACACAAUUAGUGAAGGUCAUUUCGAGUGCAGAAACACUGCAGAAAGGAAGCCCUAUUCCAUUAAGCAACCCAGACUGUAUACCAGGUGACUCUUCAUUACAUGAUGCAGAACCUCAAGUAAGGGCAGCUUUACCAAAAGUAGUAGUUCAUCCUGUAAAUGUUUCUCCAUUGAGGGCUGAUAGCCCAAAAGUGACAGAGCCAGCACCUGAGCUUGCUGCAGCACAGAGAAAAGGAGAUUCUAAAGUCACAACUCUUCAGUCAAAUUUAACACAUACAGCCUCAUUCAAGGAGAAUGACAUAAAGCAGCAUCAGAAAGUAGAAGCAGGCCUGUUAGAGGAACAACCAGUAUCUACAGGAGGACCAACACAUGCUCAACUCCAGAGACAACAGGCAACUGAUGGUUCUCAAGAUCAGCAAGGAAAAUGCCUUUUGAGUCCCAGAAGUUUAGGCAGUACUGAUUCCGGUUAUUUCUCUCGUUCUGAAAGUGCCGAUCAAACAAUGAGCCCUCCAGCUCCCUUUGUAAGGGGGUUGUUGACCUCUGAGAAAGAUACAAAUAAAAAUCUGCCUUGUGUGCCACGAGCUAGUGGCAUGGUAGCAUCAGUGGUACAAACUGUUUGUGUUGAAAAAAAUAUGGUUCUCUCUGGCCAAAUGCGACCUCCCUUGGCAACAAAAACUCUUGAGGAGCGUAUCUCAAAGUUAAUUUCUGAUAAUGAAGCUGUUGUGGAUGACAAACAGUUAGAUAGUGUGAAACCAAGAAGAACAUCUCUUUCAAGAAGAGGAAGCAUAGAUUCACCAAAAUCCUACAUAUUUAAGGAUUCUUUCCAGUUUGAUUUAAAGCCCAUGGGAAGAAGAACUAGCUCAAGCUCUGAUAUACCAAAGUCUCCUUUCACACCCACUGAGAAAUCCAAGCAAGUUUUUCUUCUUUCUGUACCAUCCCUGGACUGUUUACCUAUAACACGAAGUAAUUCCAUGCCUACCACCAGUUACUCAGCAGUUCCUCCUAAUGUCAUACCUCCCUCUCAUCCCCUUCGAGGAAGCCAGUCAUUUGAUGAUAAAAUUGGUUCUUUAUACGAUGACGUUUUUGUGUCAGGACCUGCUACUCCACUGAACCAAGGCGGACAUCCUCGGACCCUGGUUAGACAGGCAGCAAUAGAAGAUUCUUCUGCUGGUGAAAGCCAAGGUCUUGGACCAGUGCGGUCUGUAGAAGAAAGUUAUCUGGGGUAUAAUAUAUCAAAUGAAUCCUUACUGCAAAGGAGCAAAUCUCUGGCACAGGGAUCAAAUUUAGAAAAAACAAAGAAGUCCCCUCAGGUGCGAGGAACAAUGUUUGAAUGUGAAACCUGCAGGAACAGAUAUAGAAAACUGGAAAAUUUUGAAAACCACAAGAAAUUUUAUUGUUCAGAGUUGCAUGGACCUAAAACUAAAGCAGCAGUCCGAGAGCCUGAGCACAAAACUGCUCCAAACAGUACACAGCCUCAAAUUCUACACUACAGAGUCACAACUUCAACUGGUGUCUGGGAGCAGACACCCCAGAUAAGGAAAAGAAGGAAAAUGAAAAGUGUUGGUGAUGAUGACGACCCACAGCAAAAUGAUACAAGCAUACCAUCAAAGAACACGGAAGGCCAAAGCAAACCAGCAAAUUCUUCCAGUAUGUCAAAACACAGUGCCACAACCGUGGUAGGAUCACAACAACCAAGCAAACUUCUGCUUCAGAAUUCCCAAAUUCAGCUUGUGGCUCGUGGCACAGAUCAGACUACUGAGCCAAAGAUGACUCCACUCAUUGAAAAGCAGACAAGUUCAGCUGUGCAAGAAAAGGUGGAGUUGAAAAGACAAGGGACUGGCAUUUCAGUAAUACAGCACACGAAUUCACUGAGCAGAAAUAGCUCAUUUGAGAAAUCAGAGUCCUUUGAAAGAGUAUCGCCAGUUUCUUCUCAAGAGCCCAACAAGGACGCAAAGCACCGCUCUUUGAAUACAGUUGUAAUCCAAGAAGACAGACGCUCUCAUCUGAGCAGUCCCCAGCGUCACCAACCCUUGUUGUCAGAACCACCUCGAGGGGAAGUUCAGGGAAGCCAGCUAGUUUCUAAUGAGAGAAGUGCACCACUUCAGCCAUCAAGACUCGUUCGCCAGCAUAACAUCCAGGUUCCUGAAAUACUGGUCACAGAAGAACCAGACAGAGAGCAAGAACACCAAUGCAGCGACCCAGAAAAGACAGAAAGGUUUAACUGGCCACAGCGCAGUGAAACCCUGUCAAAAUUGCCAACAGAAAAGCUUCCACCGAAGAAGAAGAGAAUUCGGUUGGCUGAAAUGGAACAUUCAUCUGCUGAAUCGAGCGUUGACUCCACACUUUCCAGAAGCCUAAGUCGGGAGAGUAGCUUGUCUCAUGCUUCCAGUUUCUCAACUUCACUUGAUAAAGAUGAAACUUUAAAGGCUGAGAACCCUUCCAAAGCAGAGCCUGUUAGUAAGUCGUCAGAAUUCCUCAUGAUUCCUGCUGGCUCACACGCACUGGCAGUGCCCGGACCUCAUUACCGGGAAAUGAGACGUGCUGCCUCAGAGCAAAUCAGCUGCACACAGCCCUCAAUGGAGGUUGUGGACUACAGGAGUAAGUCUUUCGACUGUGGAAGCAUGUCUCCAUCAAAAGCUAUCCCACUCAUAGAGGUAGCCACUCCAAAAGUGUCAUCUGCAAAUGGAGCUGCUGGACACGUGCCUCUGCUAGAAAGGAGGAGGGGGCCAUUUGUAAGACAAAUAUCUUUAAAUAUUGCUCCAGAAAAUCAACAGCCUCAAGUGAAAUCGACUUCUUCAUUGCAGGCAGCUCAUGCCGCAGAUGGGCCCACAGUGCCACAGCACAGGUUGCAGACCUCUGGCAAAUCCUCGGUGGAGUUUCCUUCAAGUACUCAGCAUUCACAGACUAACUCCAGGCCUCAUUCAGCGAUUCAGAAUUGUAAUCCUGUUAGCCUGUCAUCGGCUCAGCAGCCUCUAGAUCACAUGUUGAAUAAUCAAGGCCAGUUAUCCUUGACUCAUCAGCCUUCCCAGCCAUCUACUAAAACAUCAGCCCAAGGGGAGCAAGCAAGCACAAACUCGCUUUCUUGUCAUUCUGAUGAAAAAAAGGACUGUUUUGCUCCAAAGUAUCAACUUCAAGUUAAAACCUUACAUAUAGGUCAGCCAUAUUCUUCUAAAUUGCUCAAAAAUACUUUAUCAACUCAGACUGGUUCGAGUCAAGUUGGGGUGGACCAGAAUGCAUCCUCCUUUGAAGUGCAGACAAAACUCUCUGACAUGUCUAAUCCAUACUCUGUGCCUCCUCUAAAGCAAAUUGUUCCCAAUAACUGCAGCAGUCAGAUACAUCAGAUUCCUCCUUUUGUGGUUCCUGUCCGUAUUCAGAGCAGUGUGCCAUCCUAUGGCUUUGCAACUGUUACACCCCUGCCUCACAUUUUAGUGACCCAGGAUCAGGGAAAUCAGUCCAUCUGCAAAACGAAUGCUGUGACAGUGCCAAUGCUUGAAGGCAAAACUCAGCUGCCAAAAUCUCACAAAGAUCAUCAGAGGACUUUGCCAAAUUCAUUUGAAUUUGAGAAUUCACCACCGGAAAGUGGAACCAGAAAUUCACCUUUAUCAAGCUCUUUGAAUAUCAAUCAGAAAGAGCCAGUUAGCGGGCUCUUCCCUCAACCAGAAGUUACAGCUUCAAGUAAACGAAUGCUUUCCCCAGCAAAUAGUUUAGAUAUUGCCAUGGAAAAACAGCAAAAACGUGUUAAGGAUGAGAGUGGAGCUGCUUGUAUGACAGAUGCUAGACCAUUGCAUUCACUGAACGUUAGAUCUAAUGAGCCUACUACUAAGCAAAAGAAACCAGUUUUGGUAAGACAGGUUUGCACCACAGAGCCUCUUGAAAAUCACCUCUUGGAUCCUGAUGUUGUUACACAGCAUGAAAAAAGCAGCAAGGCCAGUACUUCAGACCUGCCUGACCAUCAAUCAUCUGACACUGGGGUUUCAGAAACCCCAAAGAAGUCACCAGAAUCCGAAGACCUUAAGUCUUUUACAUCACCGGUGUUUGUAGUUAGGAAACCUUCUGAAUUGUCUCCAGUGAAUAGCCAGAGUUCUCUUCUCAAGGCUGUAAGUAGCAGCCAAGAAAGAAGGUCUCCACCAAGUAACAGUAAUGAGAGCACCCAUGUCAGCAGCCCGGGCCAAGCAAAGCCUGUAGCAACACUGGCUGUGAUGAAUGCAGGAGAAAUGCAGAGGCUGUCGUUUCCAAGCCUCAAGACCACAACAAAUUUUACCUGGUGUUACCUCAUGAAGAGAAGACCAUUGCAUCUGCUGCAAAAUGAUCAAAAAAUCUCUGCCUAUUCUACAUGGACCAUUAGCCCCAAUAACCCAAAUCCGCUUGGUCUGUCGACAAAGGUAGCUCUCUCCCUCCUCAAUUCCAAACAAAAAGUUGAAAAACCACUGUACACUCUAGCAAGAACUACGCACCCCAGAUCUGAUGUAUUGGUCUAUUCAAGCAAAUGGAAGAGCAGCUUGACCAAGAGAGCAUUAAAUAGGAAAAAAUUGACUCCAACUGAAUUCAGCAAUAAGGAAAACUCUGAAUCAAGCACUGAGCAUGAUAAAGAAAACUCCUUUAUCAAAACUGUACCAAGAAGAGUUAAAAUAUUUGAUGGAGGGUACAAGUCAAACGAAGACUAUGUGUAUGUGAGAGGGAGAGGGAGAGGGAAGUAUAUUUGUGAGGAAUGUGGAAUACGUUGCAAGAAGCCCAGCAUGCUGAAGAAGCACAUUCGCACACACACCGAUGUCCGUCCUUACCACUGCAAUUACUGCAACUUUUCCUUCAAAACUAAAGGAAAUUUAACAAAGCAUAUGAAGUCAAAGGCACAUAGCAAGAAAUGCAUGGAUUUGGGAGUCUCAGUAGGCUUAAUAGAUGACCAGGAUGGAGAAGAAGAAUUUGGUGAGAAGCAAAGGUUUGGCUAUGACCGGUCAGGAUAUGAUGUGGAGGAGUCUGAUGGUGGCGAUGAGGAUGAAAAUGACAACGAGGACGAUGAUGAAGACAGCCAGGCUGAGUCAGUGCUAUCCACGACACCCUCGGUGACUGCCAGCCCCCAGCACCACCCCUCUCGCCACGGCCUGCAGGAUGCCGCCAGCACCGACGACGACAUCAGGCUUCCAGACUGCUUCACUGGGGCUCACACGGACUCGAUGGAUGGUCUCCCAAAAGCACUGCUGACCAAGAUGACUGUCCUUAGCACAGUGCAGUCGGUCAGCAGGACUUCCAGGUCGCCAGCAGAGUCCACCCAUCAGGAAGCACAUGAGGAGAAAGCCCAGGAGAGAGGAGUGGAUCCCUGCGGUGCUGAUGCGGCACUGACGGACAUCGCUCCUGCAUCUCCAGGUCGCCAGAUGUCUGUGGAUUACCCUGAUACAGAUACAGCCUUGGGCCACUCCUUAGUAUCAACAGCAGCUCUUACAAAGAGCAUGCCCUCCAUCAGCUCCCCGUCCUCGCCGGCAGACCAAAGCGUGCCGACGACGGCACCAUCACCCUACACCGAAAUCCCGGAGGAGAAGCCGGCUGCCGAGCCGAGAGCUCCCCAGACUCACCUCUUCAGCCACCUGCCUCUGCACUCACAGCGGCAAGCCAAGGCUCCCUACGGCAUGGUGCCGGUCGGGGGCAUCCAGGUGGUCCCUGCCGGCCUGGCCACCUACUCCACCUUUGUUCCCAUCCAAGCAGGGCCAGUGCAGCUCACUAUCCCAGCUGUGAGCGUGAUUCACAGAACUACCAGCGCCCUUGGCGAGACGGGCGGCACGGCCGCCGGCACCGCCACAAAUCCUGUGGGAGUCGCCGAGGUGAACAGCAUGGUGCCGUGCAUUCCCAUCGGCCAGGUGAGCAUGCCGGGCAUGCAGGGGCUCGGCACGCCCAACCUGCAGCCUCUGCCACCGCUGGGCAUGGAGACAGUGAACAUCCUGGGCCUGGCAAAUACCAACAUCGCCCCGCAGAUGCGCCCUCCGGGAAUUACCCUCAAUGCCGUGGGCCUCCAGGUGCUGACGGCUGGUGCGGCUCCGCAGGGCACCCCCAGCCCGCAGGGACACCUUCCCGGCCUGCAGAUCCUCAACAUCGCCCUGCCGACCCUCAUCCCCUCCGUCAGCCCCGCCAGCACCGAGGGGCACGGAGCCUCCGAGGCACCCACCGCAGGCUCCAAAGCCGGCGAGGUCCAGCUGGAGCCAGCUGCUGUCGGCUUCCCCGCAGCCGAGACCGGCCAGGCCGGCCGGGAUGCUUCUCCUCAGGCAGCGGCUGGCGGCCAGCGGUACGGCGGGAAGAGCCAUCCCGAGCCCACCCCGCUGACCAGCCCCGCUGGUCCCGGGAAAGCUGACCCUGAAAAGACGGACCUCGCGAACCCCAGCAAGCCAAAGCGUGACCUCCCUGCCCUCCAGGUGAAGAGGGCUGCCCCAGCAGAGCCCCGCUCCAAGGUGAAUCCCAACGCGUUAACCAAGUCCCCGGUCCACCGAACUGUCACCCCGGACAGACAGGUGUUUUGAAGACAUCAAGGGCAAGAGAUGGCAGCAUAUCUUGAAGAUUAAAAAUGACAUGACAACAGAUAUGUCAAAAAGAGGAAUGUUAAGACAUGUCAUUUGGUAAGUUCGUAACAGGACAACAGGGAGAAAGGACCAAGAGUGGGUACGUAAGGCCCAGAAGAUGGGAGUUGCUUCUGGGGAUGUAAAGCUGCAGGUCAAGAGAUCUGAGAGGACAAAUACUGAAUCAUCACUUACCCAGGCAAAGCAGAUAAGCCACAUUUGAAGCAGGAACUCUACUAUGAGCAGGUAGUUUCAGAUGUAUCUAAUGUUCACAUCAAGGUUGUGAGGAAAUCACAGUUUUCUAAAAGACUGUGGUCCUGAAUAUUACACUCUUUCCCUUCCCUCUAGGAUAUUUCCAAAUGGAUAUUCCUUGAGUUGCCUCUACACCUUGUGCAGCAAGAAGAAGAAACAAACUAGGAGUGUGACCAGACCUGAGAGAAGGUUAAACUCUGUAUCUCUCUUCUGUUAGUGCCUGUAACCAACAUCUAUAUAUAUAUAUAUGUCAGCACACACGGGUGUCCUGCAUGAGCACAAGCCUGUGACUACUGCAUUAGCAAUUACAUUUUCAUUCAGAAUUAAUUCCUUUUGUCUUAAAUUGUGUUGUAUCUUUUAUUGUCUUGUCCAGAGUCAUCAGUGAUGGGGAAAUCAUGUUCCCCUUGCCACAAGGAUCCUUCUGGUCAAAGCAGUAGCAAACGUUUGAGAGACCUGCCGGUGCAGGAUUAGGCUGCAUUUCAGAUGGUGUGAAUUACCACAGCUGAACUGGAGUAAAUAACACCGGGCUGUUUACUCAGGGAUCAGUUUUUAACGACUCUGUCAGACACCCUCUGGCAAAUCCAGCACAGCUGUUUAAACAAUAAAAAAGCCAGAACAAGUGUUGCUCCUCAGUGUACCCAGGCACAUUCUGGCAUCUUCUCACAACCUAUUCCCAUCAGGAGGAUGCAAGCAGGUGCCAGUUAAAGCCUGGGUACAAAUGCAGCCAGAGUACAGACACGGCACAAUCAGCUUCUGUGGGAUCUGUGCAGAUGCUUCCCUGUGAUCUGCAUAAGCCCUCUCUAGAAGAAUUGACCAGUGUCCUGUAGCUCUUUUCAAUUUUUCAAUCUUCCUUGGUUUCUCAUUGCAGUACAUGAUGUUUGCUGGUGACAUGGGUACCUGAUCUUGGAGGCAGCAUGUCCAUAUAAUAAUAAAAAUAAUGGGUUUGGAACAUGAACUCUAUUAAAUGUGUCUGUGUUUCCCGUUGGGGUUUUAAUAAGCUACAGCAUGGCCUACCUGUCACUUCUUAGGUCAAGAACUAAACCAGAGACAGGCAUGUUCAAUGUACCUGGCCUCAGAUCUCUUGACUUGUAGCAUUACAUUCCCAGAUGCAACUCCCAACUUCUGGACCACAGCUGAAAUAACACCAAUUUUGUAGGUGCAGGGAUGCUCUGCCCUGCUUUGGUUACUGCUGCUGUAUACACCUUUGCCCCUUUUCUUUCUCAAGUAACUUGCUGAGCUUCAGGUUGCUGUAAAUUAUGCCCUGAGGCUGAAGCAGCCCACAGUUGGUCCAUAUCAGCCAGUCCCCUGCCAGAAAGUCUGACAGCAGUGUUUUGCAUACAAAUUCAAGUGCCCAUCAAAUGCAUUUCAUCUCAGACAACUUACGUAGGCUGAGCACAAUAUGGGCCACCUCAAAGCCAGAGAUGUACCAUGAAACAGACAUACCAUGCCUUACACUUGGCUAAACCACUUUGUAUGGUUUCUUAACAGAUUUAUCUUGCCUUGAGUUUACUGACAUGUGGUUAAACAGAAUAUAAAAUUAAUUUGUCACUAUAUAACUUCAUCCAGAAGUUCUCAUUUUUUGCAAGAUAAUCCUCACUAAGCUUUCAUAAACAUUGUAGUUUAAACCCAUAAACUGCCUUUGAAACAUGUGUUUAACAUUGGGACAGUUUCAUCAAAACAAAAAAUCCUCAGUUUUAGCAUGAGUGACUUGCCAAGAGUCAUGGAAACCAAACAACCCACAAGUGAGAGUGCUCACUCAAGAUACCUUCAGCUGACUUAUCUGAUGGGCCACUGCUUCAGUUGCUUUGGAAAGAUCUUCUGAGACCAGUAUGACCAUCUUAUAGCAGGGAAUCCUUUCCUUGCUUUCCUGGUUUUUCAUGCAAGCAGAAAGUGUCACCCAUCUUAGGUGGCUUCUGACCAGUCUCUAAUUGUAAAUGUUACACUAUGAAUGACUGAAAGAAACAUGGCUAGAAUUGUCUUCCCAUGUUUUUAGGGAAAUUUCUGUUCCCUGUAAGGAGUCUCAGAUCGUCUUUAAAAUUGAUACCUAAAACCAAAGACUUAACACUAUUUCUGGCUCAUAUCUUCGAGAAUAAGACCCCUGUCUUAGAUCUAGACUGGAUUGUUCAUUCUAAGUUACUGACUUAGGGUGAAAACAAGCUACUUUAAAGUACUUCAGAUUGAUUAUUAGGUAAUUUUAUAUGGAAUGUUCGUGGGUGGAUGAGCAUACAGCAACAAGGGUGUAACAGCCUGUAAUUCAUUGAUUUGAUGUUCAUGUUUCGUUCCAGGAAUGAUAAAUUACAAAAAAGAAAGAAAAAAAAAAAAGGAAAACAAAAAAAAAGUGGUGUUGCCAUUCAUGUUUGUUACAUUUCUCCUCUUUAUACUGAACAGACUGCUCAAAAUGUUAGGAGGUGACUGGUGAUUUUCAGAUAUUCCAUGAGAUCUGAGGAAACCAUGCUAGCUGAAAGAUGGCAAGGCUUUACAUUCCUAUGGUUCAGUCAUGGAAACAAAACCUAGAGUUCUAAGAUGAGUCAAUUAGCUAGGCAUGCUUAGUUUUCUUUGGUAAUUGUAGGCUUGUUUUCCCCAAUAAGGUCAAAUGUUAAGGCUUGUUUGGUUUUGUGGCUCUGCUCUUUAGUGUAUUUGAAAUCCAUUACCAUGCUGAGGCAUUUGUGCUGGAAAUGGGCCAGCUGAAGGCUGUUUGUAAAGUCAAAUGCCCCCAGCAUUUCCUCUUUUUGUUGAGUUUAGGCAGCUACAACAUCCCUUUGGGCUUCAGAAUUUCCAUUUGCAGGUCGUUCAGGUCUAAGGUGUUUUGGUGUUGGUACCUAAAUACCUUAGGGUUGGAUUUUUCCUUCUGAGAAGGAGAGAAAUGUGACACAGUUCCAGCUGUAUAAUGAAUAGUAAGCUCUCCAUUAGAAUCACGGACCACUAAGAGCCAUUUGCCACCUCAUCAUCUUCCUGCUCCAGAUCUAGGUGUGGAAGUGAGUUCAGAGCCCACUUGUUGGCACAGGACUCAUCCUCAUUGCAGCCCCACUUUCACGAGGGGCUUUUCACGGGGUGCCCAUGGAAGGCAAGAGUAAUCCCUGGGCAUGAACAUGCAGUGAGGGACACAGCGUGGAGGGAGCAUCACCAAGAACAUCCACCCACCUCCCAGGAGCACAAGGACAGGGUGCACCAGUAGGGAUUUUGCUGUGCAGAAGCAGAUUUUGAAAAAGGAAUUUGUCAUCAUUGCAGGAGGGUUGGAAUAGAUGACCUUUAAAAGGUCCCUUCCAACUCAAACAUGAUUCUGUGAACAGUAUCUACCCAGACCUGAAGCACUUGAGUGGAAAGCCAUCAUCUUGAGACUUAACCCCUCCCAUCCCUUAUGAUCAAGGAAAAUCAAGUCAAAAUGAAGGAUUAAAAGGCAUCUUUUGACAGAAAUUUUUGACUAAUCAGAAGGAAUUUUGACAAGCCAAAAUUCCCUGUUUGAACAGCAAAUUACUACAUCCCCUAAUUCUGCUAAUGUUCAGACGUUCCCCAGCCUGAGCAGCUGCCCUUGUGGCACCCAGCUGUCCUGCACAGGAUCAAACAAGGUAGUAUCCUUCAGGAACACUAUGUCCAGAGUGAUCAUACUGUUUGUACAGCCCAAUCACAAGGCCAUCAUCCUGAACACAGGAACACAAGGAGGAGGAGAUGGUGCUGCCCAUUUCUUCUUCGCUCAGCUACUGACACCGCAGUGGUGGCAGUCUCUGCCACCAAGAGGUGCCAGGGAAGAUGCAGUCACCAUCCUCUAGUGCAGUACCAGCUCCCUCCUCAUCAGCCAGGGACUACACAGCAAGGGAGUUCAUGUACCUCAGGUCUCUGGGUGAAAGGACACAUCCAUUUGUUACACCUCCUUCCCAGGAGGCUGCUCCAAGCUCCUGUGCUCUGGCCAGGCCAGCUGCAGGCACUUGCUGGCAGAAAUGAGGCCAGGAGAGGAGAAAGAGGGAAAGAUAAACCAAGCUGCAAGACAGAGCAAGCCAGGGAGAGCAUGGCAUUGUAACCAGGCUGUUGGGUGGUUUAGGCGCAGGAAGGCAGCUGUUGUAUUUCAGACCUGUUACCCAGUGUUAGGUGUGUCCCUAGUUUGCAAAAACAGUCUAGGUGCCAGAACAGAAGCAAAUGUUGAAACAGUGCCUCUUUGCAAAACAGAAGUCAUGUUUUCAUCUGGACACCAGACAGUUUUGCUCCACCAAAAAAUCAAGUGGGUGGUUCAGAAACCAUUUUUUACAGUUAGAGGUUUAAAUUGUGUUUCUCUCUUUUUUUAUUCCCAUACCUAUAAUGAUCUGUGGCACUUUUCUUAUUUACAGUGUUUCAGAGCAAGAGCUCACACAGCUAAUGCUGAUUAAUUCUGCUGGACUGGGCAGCUGGCUCCCCUGUGGAUAUCCUGUUUUCCUGUGAAUCAUCGCUCCUUCUUGAGACAUCCUCCAACUCAGAUCAAAGGUCCUGAAUGUAUUAGAUAUGAAGACAUCAGACAGCUCGAACAAAUUAGAGAAGACACACACAAAGAAACGUGUCCCAGCUUCUCCCGCCUGUCCUGCUGAAAACUGGCACAGUGAACACAAUCCUAAGCACUUGUCAUAAAAAGUAGAAUGACAAAAACUAGAAAAAUGGAGAGAGGCUUUGGGAAUGUCGGUUACCCAAAGACUUUUGCAAAUUGCCCUUUCUAGAUAUUUGCACUUUUGCACUUACUUAGUUCUCCCUUGCAGUUGGGAACUCCUCAGGCUAGCUCCUCAUCUGAUGGAAAAUGACAUCCAUGAACUUCCGCAAGACCUGCACCAACUGCGUCAGCAGAGGACUUGGGACUAUCCCUUUAAGCACUGAGCCUUGCCUACAAACACAAAAAUUAAAGGAACUUGAACACC